AUGAACCCCUUCAUACCACUGUCCCGGGCAGAUGCAGCCUGGUACCUGGUUGGCCUUGCUUCUGCGUUUCCCGACCUCAGUUUGGACAACGAUGACUCCCAGAUCAUGCCGGGGUGUAAAGCCUUCAGCAUCCCCAACACAUAUGGUCCUCAGAACCUCAAGGCUCCGGUCGAAACAGACAUUGAUCUACCCGGAAGAGAUUUAAAGGAUCAGGUACUUGUGUUCAAAUACAAGGGGAAAUUUCAUGCAAUUGAUCAUCAAUGCCCUCAUUCGUCAUUCCCGCUUUCACGCGGCAGACUGUUUGAUAUUGAAGACUUCGGUAUCACCCUCAGCGCUGGAAUCACAUGUCCCAAGCACGGCUGGUCCUUUGACAUCUUCUCUGGGCAGUCGGACCGUGGUAACUACAAGUUGAAAGUGUGGGAGGUGCAGCUGCGCGACCUCCCGACAUUGGCUGAUGGGGUUCCCGAGAGCACCGACAAGGAGGUUUGGGUGAGGCGAAAACAACGAAUCGGUUAA